AUGUCCUCUCUCACGAUAUCAUCAACAACAGUCAUCGUUACUCCUCCAGAAAGAGAGUCACCAUCGGCACCGACAUCCACGCCAACACCGACAGCUAUGCCAAUACCAACGAUAAGUUCACCCGCAGAUGCCGUCGUCAGGUCUCCUCAACCACAGCGGCAGCCUCCACAGCCAUCAUCACGACGGCCACGAUGGCCCGGAAGAAACAUCGGUCAAAGUCUUUUACGGCCGAAAGUUUGGUCCAAGAGUCUCAAGCGCAUGCAUGUUCAGCAGUUCUUCCUUUUCGGCGUCGCUGUUCUCGAGCUGCUCUCCGUCAUCAUCAUCGUCGUCCUUAACGCGGCGGGACAAAAUUCAGACAAUUUCGACGUGUCAGCACCUGACAUGUACCUGCUGACUUGGACAAAAGACGUCUUAUACGAAACAGACAACGACAACCAGACAGAGACGUUUUCCGUUUACUGGUAUCUCAACCAUCUGUGCAUACGAAAUGGUACCGGCCAUCUCCAUCCUAUUUCCCGUAAUUUGGGCAUCGACUUCAACUGGCGGCAAAUUGACAACCAAAUCAUCGAUUACUUGCACAGCACAGACCAUUCGCCAAAUUCAAAUUCUUGCGGCGCUUUGCCUGCUCAUACACCCAUAAACUCUACCGUUGGCGGCUUCAACAGCACAUCUGGCACAAGCGGCUCUGGCACCUCGGCAUCCUCCGGCAACGCCACAACAACUGACUGCAGACUCCCCACGACCGUCAAGGUCACUGAUGCACCUCCACAACUCAGCGGCCAGCCAGCUUUUGGCCGUGUUUCGUUCGUCUUUUAUAUUCUUGACAUCGCCAUCACUCUUCUGGCCUGGCCACUGCUUUUGUUCCUGAACGGUACCAAGCUCUGGCAAAAGCGUGGUCGCAUAGCCAUGGCCUUUACAAAAGCCUUCGCCACAACGACUAAUUUGAUUGCAGUCGGUCUGCUUAUUAGCGGCGUGUCCUGGGUUGUCAAGCACACAUCCAAGGAUGGUGCCUCUGCCGAUUCCUUUCUUCAACCAGACAAUUCGUCGACCCUGCCCACGGCAUCUGAUAUGUACCCCUUGGCUAACAACAUCUUGAUAUCUCGCGCCGAGCUGAACGACACAGCGCUCGCCAAUUCGACCAUGCCGGAAAUCAGCCCGGGGCCAGCUGCCUCGAGUCUUGUUUGGGUUUCUGUGACAAGCCAAGUGUUUGCCUGUGUCUGUUUUAUUACCGCAUGCCUGCUUCUCUCUCAACAACACAGAACUUGUGGUGAACGACUUGGAAGCGGGAGAGGCCGAGGAAGCCGACCCAGCAUGCGGCAGCGGCCUGGGUCAUUGCCGGUCUACCGCCCACGCGAUGGCAAUGCACGUCACCGCGGGGAGGACGGUGAAGAAUACGAAGACUUGCCGCCGUACCAGAGAGAAGACCCUCUCGGCCGUCCACCAAGUAUACCAGGCUAUACAAUCAGCAACGGAUGCACAGUCACGUACACAACCGCACCCACUGCAGCCGACGAUAUCCCUUUGCACCGUGUUGCCAGCAGUGACGCGUCGGGGUCAAGCCAGACCCUCACACCGGGCCAUGCCGAUCACUCUGGUCGUCGAAGCCCGAGUCCCGAUUACGAGGAGGUAGUCGGUGUCGAGCCAAUAUCGCUUCUCUCCAACGAUGGUGCGGUCACACAGCAGCACGAGCCUGGUGCCAUGUUGGUUGUAGACACGAGCCAGGGUAUAAGUAGCGGUAGUAGUCGCCGAGCCAGUCACGAGAGUGUUGAGCGCCAUGUAUCGCAAGACGUUGCAUCAGCCAGCAUCAAUGAUUUGUUACUCGAUGUGGCACUAUCGUCAUCGCCCACGCGGAGCGAAGAUAUGGAGCCAACAGCUGGCGUGGUCUUAACAAACAACGCAGCCUCAUUGGCUCCGGCGCCAGCCGCUGUAGAGAUGGAUCGAUGA